CGGCCCCCAACUGUGAAGAGGCCGUAUAAUGUUUUUUGCCAUUUCGUGGGAUCCGAGAGUGUGGGACCCUUUUUCCGGCUAUCUGUAUAUUUGAGAUUUUGUAGAGCCGCACCGUAGGAUGCAUUGUGAUCCCAUAUGGAGAGCUUAAAGAGGAUUGCCCUCAGUGCGAACUGGAUCUCGUGCGUCCAAUCUUCCUUUAUGUGGUUCUACAGAAGAAGAAUAACAGCGUCAGCCUCCUGAACACACACAAAAAUAUAAAACGGACAUCUUAUAAAAAUAAGAGCAAAGGACUGUGAACCUUACCCCAAAGUAUUUUAAUCCUUCCCCAACCUGGGCUUUCAAUAGUGCGAGGAGCUCUUCAUCCAACAACUCCGCGUCUACCUGACCCACCCUAAACGCGGGCUUCGUGCCUUCCCUUCCUUUUAUUGUAUCCCAUAACAUAAUCCCAGCAUCGGAGGCUCUUGAGAGCGGAUAAGGAAGUUUCCCAAUAGCUGCGGGAAGACGAGUGCUUGGUUCCGGGAUUCGACUUGGCGCUUCUGCUUCACGGAGACGCCGACGUUCCAAAAUCCGCUCUUGCGCGGCAGCGAAAUUUGUCGGAGUCAUCGUGUCAUCGUUCUUGAUUGAUUUGCCGGCUAUCCCAAGCCCUUUAGCAAAGAUAGGACUUGUUCAAGUGUUCUGAGGCCGUUGGAAAGGGAGAGUCGGUAGACUCAAUGACAUACCCGGAGCAUGAGCAGCCGAGGUCGAGCGUCACAUGACAUUGGGGUUUGAGCUGUACCUAGUUACAAAGUUCUCGGAGAGGAAAGCUUGCAAUUUUACUGAAGCAAUUACCACUAGCUAGUAAAGCCUUUAGGCUCACAAACAUGAAGUUGGUUAAUAGCUAACAGAAUUAAAACAACAUAGGUUGAGCACUACAUAUACCCAUUACGGGCGGCAUUGGUUACAAUGUUGUUGGAGGACAAAAGUAUCGAGUUGGUCCGAGCUCCAACGCUAGUUUAACUGAACUGUAACGUGCCACUCAUUUCUUUGGGGGUUUGUCAUGGCUGGCAGGAAAAUGGUGGGGUGCGUUUGAUAGUUUUGAUCAACAAUGAAAUUGUCAGGGCGUUUCUCCCCUCCAAGCUUCCUCAAGUUUAUAACGACAUAUACCGGUUCCAGUCCUUUCACCUCCGCUGCCCAUGGCUUCAAUGGUAGAAUUGCCCGGAGAGGCGAAUCCCCUCACGCGUCAAAAUAUCUUCAACGCCUUGGUCUCCGCUGCAGGCUCAACGCAGCAGCAGGUCAUCACGGGUGGGCAGCAGCUUCAGAACUGGGAGAAACAAGCAAAUUACUUUUCGUUGCUACAGGAUAUCUUCGUUGAUUACUCCCUCCCAAACGAAGUCCGCUACCUGUCGAUCAUCCAGCUUAAAAAUGGCAUUGAUAAGUACUGGAGGAAGACUGCGCCCAAUGCCAUCAAGCCGGAGGAGAAAGUGCGGAUCAGAUCAAGAGCCCUGGAGGCUGGAGCUGUCGAACCUGACGCCAAACUUGCUCUUCACAAUGCGCUGAUGAUUGCGAAGAUAGUGCGGUUAGAGUUCCCAUUAGAAUGGCCCGACGCGAUUACGUCCGUGAUUACAUUGCUUCGAGCAUCCUUCCAACUUGGCAGCAACCCGUUACAACUUCCCCGUACACUUCUUAUCCUCUUGCAUAUAAUCAAAGAACUCGCCACGGGGAGAUUGCAGCGGAUUAAAAGGAAUCUAUUCACGGUUGCGCCGGAGAUAUUUCACAUUCUUGCCAAUAUAUAUGUUGAAAAAGUCAACAAGUGGGGAACCUUCCUAGAGGCUAGUAGUGGGGAUGACGAGGGUGGAGCUUUGGAAGCUUUGGAUGAAAGCCUCAUCACGCUGAAGACCAUGCGCCGGCUGAUAGUUGCAGGCUUCGAGCAUCCUAAUAGGGACAACGAUGUUCAGCAAUUUUGGGCCCUAUCCCUUACUCAUCUGGGCAAUUUUUACUCUUUAUUGGAACGAAAAUCAUCGGAGCUGGCACCUAAUGUCUCAAGAUUACUUGAAAGACAUAUUGUACAACUAUCCAAGCUCCAUUUAGAGAUGGCUAAGAACCAUCCCGCAGCAUUCGCCUUGUUUCCAGGUUGCGUUGACCUUGCUCGAUCAUACUGGGGACUGGUGGUUGAGCUCGCGAAAUUAUACGACCCAAAUGACAUGUCUCGAGUCGCAAUUGGAACUGACGGUGACGCUGAUGACGACGAAACCCCUUUCCUAGAAAAGAUUGCCUUGAAGGGCCUCCUUAUCUUGCGGACAUGUAUCAAAAUGGCAUUUUAUCCCGCGCACACCUUCAAAUAUCAACAUGCUCAGGACAAAGAAGAGAAAAGUCAAUCUAUCGAACUAAUCAAGUCUCAGCUACUCACCCACGAAUUCGUAGUCCAGGUCAUGGAACUGCUUAUAACCCGUUUCUUUGUCUUUCGAGCAAGCGACCUUCGCCAAUGGGAGGAAGAUCCCGAAGAAUGGGAGAAGCGUGAGGAAGAGAUUACAGAUGCAUACGACUUUUCCAUCCGUUCUUGCUCUGAAAAAGUUUUUCUAGAUCUCCUCAUCCACUUUAAGGAACUUCUUGUCCCCAAAUUACUACACGUAUUUUACUCCUAUGCCAACCCUCAGAAUCAGGAAGUUCUCUUGAAAGAUUCCCUUUAUUCCGCUAUUGGCCUUGGUGCUGCAAUUUUAGAGAAGCAGCUUGAUUUCAAUGCAUUUUUAUCAUCUACUCUUAUUCCAGAGGUUCAAAUCCAACAUCCAGGAUAUAAUCUACUGAGGCGAAGGAUAGCAAUACUGCUCGGACAAUGGGUACCCGUGAAAGCCGACGAAUUAGACAUGCCGUCAAUUUACCAAGUUUUUCAACAUUUACUCAACAAAAGUGACCCUACUAAUGACCAGGUUGUUCGGGUCACUGCGGGCCGCCAACUUAAAAAUGUGUUGGAGCCGUUUGAAUUCAGCAUUGAGCGGUUCUUGCCCUACGCGACUCCCACACUUCAGAGCCUCAUGGACCUGGUUAGCGAAGUUAGUCUAUCAGAAACGAAAAUGGCACUUCUUGGAACGGUUCGCAUUGCUAUAGUGAAAAUGGAAGACCAUAUUGCCCCGUAUGCGGACCAGAUUGUCUCUUUAUUACCACAAUUGUGGGAACAAUCAAGUGAAGAAAACCUCAUGAAGCAAGCAAUCCUCACGCUACUUUCUUCCUUAAUCCAUUCCAUGAAACAAGACUCGGUCCGAUAUCAUCAGAUAAUCAUUCCUCUCAUCCAAAAAUCCGUCGAUCCUGGAUCGGAGGCAUUGGUUUAUCUAUUAGAGGAAGCCCUGGACCUGUGGUCUGCAGUUCUCAUGCAAGCUCCUUCCCCAGCGUCGCCGGAACUUCUCCAGCUUUUACCAUAUCUCUUCCCUGUUUUCGAUAUUGGCACCGAAAGUCUCCGCCAGGCUUUAGAAGUUACCGAGUCCUAUAUUCUUCUUUCCCCUCAGGAGAUGCUCAACGACAAUAUCCGCUUCCGGCUGCUCGUUGCGUUGGAAGCCCUCCUUAGUUCGACUACGCGACAGCGAAUUGGAGUGGUUCCGCAUCUUGUCGAACUGCUUAUCCGAGCAGUAGAGCUUGUGGAUCCUGGAAACGAACAAGCCUAUUCAGUUGUGGCCAAAUCUCUUCUGGAUUCUUCGUUCCUACUAACACUUCUUUCUGGUCUCCGUGAGACUUACGAAGCCCACCUCACCACCGGGCCAAAUAAAAAAUCCCCAGGCGUCGACGGCGUUGUGGAAACGGAUUAUUUCUCUGUCCUCGCACGGAUUGCCCUCGGCAGCCCCAAAAUAUUUAUCUCCUCCGCCGUAUCUUCCAUGAGCCAUUCAUCCGAAGAAGAAACCGUCAACUGGAUCUUGACAGAGUGGUUCUCCCACUUUGAUAACGUGGGCGACAUUAACCGCAAAAAGCUACACGCGUUGGCUUUAACACACCUCCUCUCUAUAAACGGCCAUUCAAUAUCACCCCCAGCCUACCUCCUCAAACAUCUCCAGUCCUAUCUUGUUGUGUGGACCGACCUUAUCAGAGAACUAUCCGAAGGCACCGACUAUGAUCCUAACGAUCCGCGAGGCGGCGACUAUCUCAUUGUCUGGAACACAGACUCAGCAGAUCAAACUAAUGGGAAAUAUCAAAGCAACGAGUCGCCCGAAACCACCCGCCGACGGGCUUGGAGCAAUGCCGACCCUGUGCAUAAGAUCAAUUUCCGCCACUUUGUCACAGAGAAUCUGCGGGGAGUUGUUGGGGCGUGCGGUGGGAUGGACAAGUUUAGAGACGAGUGGCUGAUUAAUGUUGAUCGUGAAGUUGUAAAUGGCUUUGGGGAGUUGGGGUUGUUGUGAUACGAUACGGGCGGUGCUAUCGUACAGGCUUGGGAAGUGGAUACAGUGAUACCAAGAGCCUGCCUUUCCUGACAGGAGGUGUAAUGGCACAAUUUUUUUUUCUUCCGCCCUCUUAUUUACCUUUCUAUUCCUUUUGCUAAGUUUUCAUUAUGUUUGAAACCCUAGCUACCAACCCGUUGAGAAACUCAUACAUUGCUCGAUGAAUUUGGGGGUGCUGUCUCAAGGCUGCAACGAGAAUGGAAAUGAAUCAUACAGAAAAUAUAAGAAAAUAUACCAAAUGUACCGUAACCUUCUGUGCAAUUAUGUUGCUCUUAAGUAGUAUUUGAGAGAUUUCAUGAAAAGUAAUAAAAAAUGGGAUAGUUUUACUAACAAUGUGUCGUCUAGAUAACCACAUCCCCAUUUCCAUGCAACGGAGGAGUACAUGGAUGGCAAAUAAUAAGAUAGAUCAAUGACUUCUAUUAAACGUAUGCAGCGCAAAAAUUAAAAUUUUCGAAUGUAUAUAAUUGUUCACUUCAACAUCCCCCCCCCCCAAAAAAAAACAUUGCAAAUCCAUCACUUGCAACCACCGUACUUUCUAUCCCUGAAAGGCUGUGGGAACAAGCCUGCUGACAAGAGGUCCUGCAUAUCCCACUCAGGCGACCCUUCUGUCUUCCACGUCCAGAAGAACCACCCCGCACAAUUUUCAUAAGCGUCCAGCUGAGCCUCAAGAAACCGUCUGAUCUCCGCUUUUUGCUGAGCAGGAAGCCGUCCAACGGAGCCAAAGUACCUCCCACCACAAGCGCCCGAGGGCUUGCCGUUGGGAUGCGACUUAUCAAACCGCGCCCCCAUACCCCUUCCAUUAAGAUAUUUGGCACAAUCGGUCAUGGCGGCGGUCCACUCCCCAACAAAAGUCCUUUUAUCCGUCUUCGCGAGCUUUUCACGUCCAAACGAGCAUGCAAGGUUGACGUGUUGGUCUACGUUGAAGUUUACAAGCGCAUUGUCAAAGACUUGGUAGUGAUGCACGUCGAGUUGGACAUUGUGGAAAUUUUGAGAUGGGAGCAUGAAACCGUUCCAGGAAGGGGGGUCCUGGAAAGCGUCGGAUAUUGCAACGCCGACGUUGCGGUUUGCGUUCCGCACGAUCUUAUAGCCAUCGUGAUAGAAUCUUUUGACUUGGCUGAGCGGUACACCACCCGGCACGAAGGGCUCGUUGAUAAUUUCGAUGGAGUCCACGACGUCGGUUUGGUGGGCGUAACGCUCUGCGAGGGCGCGAACGGCAUUCAGGGUUUGGGCUACUGUCUCCCCCUUUGGCCAGUUGAUGGGACCACGGCGACCACUGUUGUCGAAGCCGUUUUGGGAGCCCGGAGCUAAACCGUGAUACCGAGUCAGUGAAUGGGGAUUGACCUUCAACUAUAUUUAGGAGCUAAAAUUUUUAAUAACUAACCACCAUGAAGGUCAAUUGCAACUUUGAGGUUUGAUUCUCUGGCCCAUCUAAGCGCCUUAUCCAUAUAGCCAACUUGGCCCUGGACAUAUGGCUCUCCCUUCAGGGGAGCUACCGCCCAGUAACCUAUGGGGAUCCUGACAUGAGUCAAUCCCGCCGCUGCAAUCUGCUUAAAAUCCUCUGCAGUGAUCCACGAGUUCCAAUGUUUCGAUAGUCGUGAUUUGGCAUUGCCGGCGAGAACUUGGCUCAGGGUGUACUCAUCCACUGCUCGAUCCCCUGCAUUUUCGAAGACAGAAGGCGUUAUCCAUGGCUCCAGGACUAGCCACCCGCCCAGAUUCACGCCAUAGAUCCACUCCUUGUUUUCGCGGGAUGCAAGGUGAGGCGGGGCAGCAUGAGGCGUGGCAGAUGCCAUGACCACCCAUGCGAGAAAAAAGCAAGCGAAGACUAGCUUGAAAGGCUUAAGUGUCGCCAUGAUCUAUCACUGGCGAAAACAACUAGAAGAUAGGGAGAGAAUCUCUCAGUAGAGAAAAGCAGUGUGGAGGAAAGCAGCCAUGGGCAGCUUUAUAAUGUAGCACAUCUUCCCCAUGCUAAGUACGUGUAGAACAGGAGGAAGCUGCAUAGGGGGUCAUAGUUAGCCUGGGAAUGCCCCAAAUGUCAAAUCAGGAAAAUGAUAAACAGUUUCUGAAGAUCGAGUCAAGAAAAGGUUGAGUUACUGAACAGUUGUUUCCAUAUCUAAAUGGUUGGCCAACACGGUUGGUCGACAUUUAGGAAAGGAUAUCAUUCCGGAACCC